AUGGAAGGGUAUAGUUCACUAUGGGACCUCGUGGUGGCCAUCUCCAUGGUCAGAAUGUAUCCCAUCAUCCAAUAUGUGACUCUCUUUCUCUUUGCCUUUCAGGUAUAUGGAUCUAAUCCAACAGAAGACAGCUCCAACCCGGUGCCUAGGGCUAGUCUCGAUCUGGGUAGUAUCUUUGAAGAUAUCUUUGGUAGUCUUAUACCAGAAAGACCAACAAAUAGAACGUCGGAAAAUGCUGGGAAUGCCGUUGAUGGCUUGUUAGGCCUGUUCUCACCUACUCUCGUGAAGAAUGUCGUAUCAUCUAUCACCCAUUUGGCAGACCUUUUCGACAACCAAACUUCAGUGCAGACAAAAUCAGUCAUCCAGAUAGGAACUGACGAGCUCACCAAUGGGACAAUCAUUACGGUGACAGGCCUACUGGAUAAUGCAAACGUCCUCCUUACAGCAGACAACGUCGAAUCGAUCAACAACCUACUUGAGGAAUCAUCCCCUCUUCUCACAGAGGAGUUCUUCAAUGAGAUAAACAACCUUCUUAACAACACAAGCAACCUCCUGACGUCUUCAUUUGUCAAGGAAACCAAAUCACUCAUCGCCGAUGUUGACUCGCUGCUCUCCGAUUUAGCCUCAACAUCCUCUGCUAUUGAUAUCCCGCAAUUACUCGCCUCUGUCAAUCAGUAUAUCACGCCGCAUGCGGACGAUAUUGGCAACUUGGUCACUAAUGCCAAUGACCUCCUUACCGAAGAUUUGGCAAAGGAAAUCGCUAGUCUUAUCAAAGAGGCUAACAGCUUCCUUUCGUCCAACGUUAAUACCAUUCAGCCUCUUCUAAACACCACGAUCGACUUACUAUCCACCGACGUCGUCAACAAGAUUAGAUCAAUUGUAAACGCCACCGCGCCAGCCCUGUCGACGGAUCUUGUUGACAAGCUGAGGGUCACUCUCGCCAAUGCUGGUGAUCUUCUUGCAAGCGACCUUAUCAAGGAGAUCAACAAUAUCCUUGACCAAGUUACACCCUUGCUUAUAACAAGCAACGUUCAGAAGAUCAACGAUCUCAUCAGCAAUGGCAACAGCCUCUUGACGGCUCAAAUGGUCAACAGCACGGAGGCACUCAUCUCCACGGGUAGCCAAUUCCUUUCUGACGAGACAGUACUCAACAAAGCGGAAGCAUUGAUUCCCAUUGCGAUGAAGUUCUUGACUGACGAAACAUUAAAUGAAAUCACGGCAUUGAUCCAGAAUGGAAACGGUCUCCUGACAUCUGAUUCAGCAGCACAAAUAGGCAGUUUGGUUGACAGUCUCCCACGCUUCCUUACCCAGCAGACCCUCCGCGAAGUUGACAGUCUACUGACCGUUGCACAGACCCUUCUCACAGCUGAGUUCGUCAAUACAACGGGCACUUUAGUCGACGCGAUCGCGCCGGUGAUAGCACCAGAACUCCUUAAACAAGUAGCCAGUCUCCUGGAAAAUGCAGGCAAGCUACUCACCAAAGAUGGCACGGAUCAGAUACUGGAGUUGGUCAAUAAGGUCUCGCCAGUGAUUGACCCAACGGUCGUCGCUCAAGUUAAAACUUUACUGAACGUGCACAUACUCUCCUAUACCCUAAUCGUACCAAUACAAUUACCGUUCUGA